UGCUAUUUUGUAGCAAUUCUAUUACUUUCGCCGAUGACUUUUGACGUCAUCACCCGGCUGCCAUUGGUCGAAAAUGGCCGGGCCGCGCCCAUGUUGUCUGUCAAUCACGCGACGUCAGGAGCCCGCGGAAACCCGCUACGUCAAAAUGACGUUGACGUACUCAUUAUGCGCAGCAAAAGUCAUAGUUUUUUAGCACCGCCGGAGGUAGGGUCGUUUCAGAACGCAUAAAAAAUGGCUGUCCCCUGCGGUGGCUUUUCGCCGUCGCUCACGCGGACACGGAGAGCCACACGACGCGUUUGACAUGCCGGAUGACCAUUUUCGACGGCAUUUUCCUCUCUCGAAGGAAACGGUGCGGUUGUUGUGCGAGGAACUGGCGGGGGAACUAGAAGCGGAGCGAGCGACGGGACUGUCGGUGGAGCGGAAGGUGUUGUGCGCGCUGCGCUUCUUUGCCACCGGGAGCAAGCGUCCGUAGGGAGCGAGGAGACGAUCCGGCGGGUGUCGCAGUCGACCGGGAGCGAGUGCGUGCGACGCGUGGCCGAGGCUGUCGUAAACGCAGGGGUCCGCAACAAGUGUGACCAUUUUCCGAAGACGUCCGAAGAAAAGGCAGCCGUGAAGGAGGGUUUCCUUCGGCGCGGCGCUAUUCCCGGCGUGAUCGGAUGCACGGACGGUGGCCUCAUUGCCAUUAUCGCACCCAAGGGUGAGCGCAAUACUGCGUUCAUGUCUCGGAUGGGCUACUACGCCGAAAACUGCAUGUUCGUAAGUAUCCGUCAUGUUCUCUAGUGCUGCUCAUUCUUUUGACAGUUGUGUUGCACUUGUCAACGCGGACUUCAUCCGUUCACAUUUUCCGCAGAUCUGCGACGCGGACAUGAGGAUCCUGACCGUGUAUCCCAUGCGACCGGGGUCAGAUCACGACUCAUUCGUCUGGCGGACGAGAUGGCUGCGCCGGCGGUUCCAGGCGGGGCGCAUCGCGAACCCCGGUGUAUACCUCAUCGGUGACAGCGGCUACCCCUUGGAUCCGUGGCUCCUGACCCCGGUUCCCGGCCAUCCUCCUAUGCAAACAGUCGUGGGGGAGUACAACACAGCACAUGCCACCUUGCGUUCCGUAGUGGAGAGGUGUAAUGGGCUCUUGAUGAGCCGUUUCCGCUGUCUGCAGCGGUACCGCACCCUCCUCUACGAGCCAGAACGUGCGGCAAACAUUGUCGCUGCAUGUGCUGUGUUGCACACACAACCUUCGGCUGGCUGAGGGCGACAAAGACGACGAUGAUGAAAGUGAUCAAGACAGCAGCACCAGCAGUAGUA